UCUCGCGCUCCGACGUCACCAGAACCUCGAGCCCUCCAUGUAAAUCACGUCCCGGUUCGAGCCUCUCCAUUGGCCGCUCCUCGCUCAUUUAGCUGCUGUCAGAGCGCGCGGCCCGGCCACGCUCCGGUAACUUUUCCGAGCACAGCUCCAACCAAAGUCAAACAUCCGUUCUUCUGUGCGCUCCUGGAUGACAGGAAAAAGGCGGAAAGGGGAAGAGAGCGCAGGUUUACCUCUGAGUGGAUUUCACCUGAGAGCACAGCUCCUCUUCAUCUCCUCCUCUUCCUCGGAGGUCCAGCCUGAAUGUUUCUCGGUGUCUGACCGGCGUCCGACCCAGACCAGGUGAAUGUACAGCAUCAUGAUGGAGACGGACUUACAUUCCCCCGUGGUGCCCCAGACCAACCCAUCCAACCCGGGGGGACACGCGGGAGGAGGAGGCGGGGGGCCCGGAGGUAAAGUCCCCCAGGAGAGGAUCAAGAGACCCAUGAACGCCUUCAUGGUGUGGUCCCGGGGCCAGCGCAGGAAAAUGGCCCAGGAGAACCCCAAGAUGCACAACUCCGAGAUCAGCAAGCGACUGGGCGCCGAGUGGAAGGUGAUGACCGAGGCGGAGAAGAGGCCGUUCAUCGACGAGGCGAAGCGGCUCCGGGCCAUGCACAUGAAGGAACACCCGGACUACAAGUACCGGCCGCGGAGGAAGACCAAGACGCUGCUGAAGAAGGACAAGUACUCUCUGGCCGGCGGGCUGCUCGGCUCCCCGGCGGGCGUCGGGAUGGGCGGCGGGCAGCGGCUGGAGAGUCCCGGAGGGGGCCACGUAGGGGCUAACGCGGGCUACGCCACGCACGUGAACGGCUGGGCAAACGGCACGUACUCGGGGCAGGUGGCGGCAGCAGCGGCGGCGGCUCACGCCAUGAUGCAGGAGGCACAGCUGGCUUACACGCAACACCCGGGCACCGGGACUCACCCGCACCAUCCGCAUCCGCACCAUCACCCGCAUCACCACCCGCACAACCCGCAGCCCGUGCACAGGUACGACAUGAGCGCCUUAUCUUACAGCCCCAUCUCAAACUCUCAGAGCUACAUGAGCGCCUCUCCGCCGGGCUACGGCGGAAUCACCGGCUACACUCACCAGCACCAAAGCUCCGGUGUGUCCCCGGUGUCCGGAGCGAUCGGAGGGACUUUGGGGUCCCUGGUGAAAUCUGAGCCUAGCGUGAGCCCCCCGGUCUCCACCGGCCGCGGACCGCCGCCGUGCCCUGCGGGAGACCUGCGGGACAUGAUCAGCAUGUACCUGCCGACCGGAGAGGCGGCGGGGGACUCCUCCGUUCAGAGCAGACUGCAUGUGCUCCACCCGCAGCACUACCAGAGCAGCGGCUCCACUCCGGUAAACGGGACGGUUCCCCUGACCCAUAUUUAAAUCUCUAAAUGUUCGAUAAGCACUACAACCACAACCAAAUAUUUAACUCUAGAUGUGGGCGCCGGCUGCUGAUGAAUUGUAAAUUAUAGGCGGUUAGAGCCAUAAAAUGCAAUCACUUUGAACAAACUUUUUUAUUGUUAUUAUUUUUAUUUUCUUUCAGUGAUGGAGUUUUUUGUCUGUCCGAGCUAAAGGAAAGCGCAUCCCAUUUACUUUUGCUCUCUGGAACAGAGCAUGCCAAGUUUUGACACGAUUUAAAUUAUAAUCCGUGAAGGCUGGUGCGUUUUGAAGGUUAUUUUUUCCGACUUUUCUGUGGAAUUAAAGGCACCAGCUGUGUGUUUGAGGGAUCCUAAAAAGCUGUUUAAAGAGGGAACCGUAUAAUAAAUGGAGGGCGGUGUGGAAGAUGUGUUUUAAAAGUUUCUAGGCUGCAGUUUAAAUUGAUUUCCAGUUUUAAUGCUUGUAAACAUGUGAGUCAAUCGGUGUAAUUUGAAUUUGUUUUUGUUGUUGUAAGAUCUUGUAAAUUGUGAAUAAAUAGGCCUACUGAAAACGC